AUGGGAGAAUACAUCCAGUCGUCUUCAGAGCCCUUCCUCGUCGCUGUAUGUGGCCUUGGACUUCGUGCUCCAGGUGGCAUCCGGAAUGCCACGGACUACUGGGACCUCCUUGUGAACGGCAGGGACGCAAGAGGACCAAUUCCCGACACCCGCUACAACAUUGACGGCUUCAACGACGCCCUCGGCGGAAAGAACACUAUCAAGACCAGGUUCGGAUACUUCCUCGCCGAUGACCUCACACGCAUCGACACAUCGCUUUUCUCAAUGUCUCGCAAAGAGGUUGAGCGAUGUGACCCUCAGCAACGACUACUCCUCGAGGUUGCCAGAGAGGCUCUCGAAGAUGCCGGUGAAACCAAGUACCGCGGGGAGCGCAUCGGCUGCUACGUGGGCACUUUUGGUGACGACUGGGCGCAGAUUGCUGGAAUAGAGACUCAGCAUCAAGGCGGACUCGGCUACGUUGCCACUGGAAAUGGCGACCUCAUGCUCUCGAACCGUGUUUCGUACGAAUACGAUCUCAGGGGUCCUAGCAUGACUAUCAAGACUGGUUGUUCCGCGUCCCUCGCUGCCCUCCACGAAGCAUUUCGGUCCAUUCAAGAUGGCGACGCAACCGGCGCCAUUAUUGGGGGGACCAGCUUAAUCAUGACCCCAACCACCACCGCCGCCUUUACUUCUGAAGGCAUAUUGUCCCCUGAUGGUUCAUCAAUCAAUGCUAUUUAUAUCAAGCCUCUUUCUGCUGCCAUUCGUGACGGCAACGCGAUCCGAGCUGUGAUCAGAGCCACGGGCGCCAAUAGCGACGGCCAUAGCCAGGGACUCUUCACGCCCAACCAGAUUGCCCAAGAAGCCCUUAUGCGCAAGGUCUACCGGGAUGCCGGCUUGGACCCAUCUCAGACCGCAUAUGUUGAGUGCCACGGAACCGGAACCGCGACCGGUGAUCCGAUUGAGACGUCGGCGGUAGGUGAGGUCUUCGGUGAAAAGGGCGUGUACAUCGGUUCCGUCAAGCCAAAUGUCGGCCAUUCUGAAGGUGCUUCGGGAUUAAACAGCCUGAUCAAGGCGGUCCUUGCCUUGGAGCACAAGACUAUUCCACCAAACAUCAAGUUCAAUGAACCCAAUCCCAAGAUUCCAUUCGCCGAGAAGAAACUUACCGUUCCUACUCUGCCAACGCCCUGGCCAGCUGACCGAGCUGAGCGCAUUAGCAUCAACUCUUUUGGUAUUGGUGGCACGAACGCUCAUGUCAUCCUUGAGUCCUACGGCAAAUCCAGGCCCACCAUAAACGGACACGGCACAUCACACCCCGAGUUACUGCUUGUGUCCGCGAACACAGCUGCGUCACUCAAGGAGCAGGUAGAUCGAUACCAGGAGUUUGUCGCUUUACAUCCGGAGGUCAACAAGCGCGACAUCGCCUACACUCUUGCUACAAAGCGUGAAGCUCUGCCUCAUAGAACCUUCACCAUCGUCCAUGACGACAACAUUAUCGAAACAUCAGCUCCUGUGAAGGCACCCAGCAAGGCCCCUGACGUCUACUUCAUCUUCAGUGGACAAGGCGCGCAGUGGCCCGAGAUGGCCAAGCAGCUCGUCACGACCGAUCCUCUGUUUGAAGCUGAUCUGAAGCGAAUGGACAGUGUUCUCAAGAGCCUUGCCCAUCGGCCGAGAUGGUCCAUCAUCGAUAAACUUCUUGAACCUGCCACCACAAGCCGAAUCGGCACGGCGGAGCUGUCUCAACCUCUUUGCACCGCAAUUCAGCUUGCGCUUGUCAACAGGCUUCGGGCAACGGGUGUCAAGCCCACAGCAGUCGUCGGUCAUUCUAGCGGUGAGAUCGCAGCUGCGUAUGCUGCAGGUGCCAUUACUAUGGAAGCAGCCAUCAUCUCCGCAUACUACCGCGGUUAUGUCACCAAGCAACAAACUCUUGCUGGUGCUAUGGCUGCGAUUGGGCUGGGUCCUGGGGAUGUCUCCAAAUCCCUGGUCGAUGGCGUUGUUCUGGCAUGCGAGAAUAGUCCCCAAAGCAGCACCAUCUCCGGUGACAAGGAGAAGGUCAUGGAGGUUAUCGCACGAAUCAAGGCUGAAAUGCCUGACGUGCUGGCUCGCCCCUUGAAGGUCGACAUGGCAUAUCACUCUCAUCACAUGGCUGCCCUGGGAAAGACCUAUUCCGCACUUCUGGAGGCCGAACUACAGAAGAUUGGAGCAUGGUCCAGCAAUGCCACGUCGUUGUUCUUCUCAAGCGUCACGGGCGAGGUGCUGGACCACAGCGUCACUUUUGGUCCUGACUAUUGGCGAACCAACUUGGUUUCGCCGGUCCGGUUCUCCACGGCUGUCUCUCGCCUGAUCGAAACCCAAGGUGAUGGCUUCUUCUUGGAAAUCGGUCCCCACUCAGCGCUUGCCGGGCCACUGCGACAGGUUUGCUCCCAAGCCUCUCGUCCAUGCAACUAUGCAUCUUGCCUCAUCAGAGGCGAUGAUGGCGUCAAGACCUUGCUCUCUUGCUUCGGCAGACUGUUCCAGGAAGGAUUUCACCUGAACCUCGGCGCCCUCUACUCCGGGGGCAAGACUAUCAACGAUCUACCCACCUACGCAUUCGACCACAGUCUGUCGCUGUGGUACGAGAGCAGAGUCUCGCAGGCCUGGCGACAGCGGAAGUAUCCUCACCACGCACUCCUGGGAGCCCGUGUUCCGGAGUCGCCCGACACUGCACCUCAGUGGCGCAACAUUCUAUCUCUGGAGGACGAGCCAUGGAUCGUCGACCACAAGGUCAAGCAAGACAUCGUCUAUCCUUUUGCCGGCUACGUCGUGAUCGCUGGUGAAGCAGUCCGUCAGAUGACUGGCGUCAAUGCAGGCUACAGCAUCAGGCACACGGUAGCCCACUCGGCCCUGGUUCUGAACCACGAGAAGGCAGCUGAGUUGAUGACGACGCUGCGCAGUCACCCUUUGACCGACUCCGAUCAUUCGGAGUGGUUCGAGUUCACCGUCGCAUCAUACAACGGGGCCACCUGGACAAAGCACUGCGAAGGACAGGUCAAGGCCCUAGAUGAUGAACUCCCCAGCACUCUCGUUCGCGAGGAUUACCCCCGAAAGGUGGUCUCUUCUCGUUUUUACGAUUACAUGGGGGAUGUCGGCAUCAACUUUGGUCCUGAGUUUCGCCGCCUGGAGAAUGUCACGUCAUCAACCACCGGGGCCCUUGCUUCGGCGGACAUCAUCGUACCCGGUGAGGAGAUGAGCAAGCCGUAUGUGAUGCAUCCGGUGGCCAUUGAUGCUUGUUUCCAACUGCUGAUUCUCUCUUACGCUAAGGGUCUCGGGCGCAACGUCACACAAUUGUCGGUACCGACCCUCAUCGAGAGUUUGGAUAUCCGUCGUGGCAAUGGCUCGCUAACCGCGAGGGCCUGGGGAUCUUCCACCACCAAGCCGGAAGGAGUUGAGUGCGUUUCCAAUGGCAAGACAGCGCUGCGUCUCAACGGCUUCAAGCUCACUGCUCUUGAGGAAAGCAACGAUGCCGACUAUGAUGAGUACGCGGCCGCCAGACUCGAAUGGCUUCCCGACUUUGACUUCGUUGACGUUGCCCCUCUAUUUAAGCCGCCGCCUUCGGACCGUGAGGAGGCCCGAAUGAUUGAGGAAUUGACUCUACUCUGCAUCAUUGAAAGUUGUGAGAGACUUCGCGGACUGAGCCCCACCCAACCUCACUUCGCGAAACUGAGAGACUGGAUCGACAGGGAAGUUCACGGGGCGAGAGAGGGAGGGAACGCGUUGGUCCCAGACUCUGCCAAGUACCUCAAGCUUACUCGUGAGGCGCGUCGGGCCAAGUUAGAAGAUCUUCACAGAAGACUCUUGAACGGCAACAAGUCGGGGCUUGUCGAAGGUCUCAAACGAGUUGUCGACAAUUCCGAGCGCAUCUUCAAGGGCGAAGCCGAGACCAUUGACAUCUUGAUGGAGGGUGGCAUUCUGGCUGAGCUGUACAAUGCUGUCAGCUUCGGUUACAGCGACUUCGUCAAACUGAUGUCCAGCACCAAGCCCAAGCUUCGCAUCCUGGAAGUUGGCGCCGGCACCGGUGGUACGACGGAGCUCAUCCUGCGCGAUCUCAUGCACGAGGGCGGUCUCCCACGUUAUUCGAGCUACACCUUCACUGACGUUUCCGCCGGCUUCUUUCCGCAAGCCAAGGAGCGUUUUGCGUAUGCCCCGAAUAUGGAGUACAAGGUGUUUGACAUCUCCAAAGAUCCCCUCGAGCAAGACUUUGUCGAGUCCUCUUACGAUAUUAUCUUUGCGGCAAACGUUGUUCACGCAACUCCAUCGCUGAAGGACACCUUGAGCAACCUUAACAAGGUCCUCAAGCCGGGCGGUGCUCUUGUUCUGACUGAGAUCUGCACCGAGCUCCGCUCUCCGACGUACAUCUUUGGCAACUUCGCCGGAUGGUGGCUCGGCGAGAACGACGGUCGUCUCUAUGCUCCUUACGUUCACCCUUCGCGUUGGCACAGUGAGCUUCUCGCUUCCGGCUUCACUGGCGUUGAGACUGCCGUCUAUGACGAAGAUGCGCCGUACAUGUGCUGCACCACCAUCAUGUCAAGGAGAUGCCGAGAUUUGCCUCCACGGGGAACAUCAGUGACUCUGGUCACCAGUGAAGCUGGAGGCGACGUCGCCCAGUCACUCACUAGUUCCUUGACAGUCGCCGGUUUCUCAGUCACUCCUAUCUGCCUCGGUGACCCCCUCCCCAAGGAUCAAGACAUCAUCUCUUGUAUCGACAUCGAGAAGAAUCUCUUCGAAAACAUCAACCAAGACGAUUUCUACGCUUUCCGAGACCUCAUUCGGGAACAAGGCGUCAGCCAGAAUCUUCUCUGGCUGACGAACCCCGUCCAAGUCAAGUGCAAGGAUCCCCGCUCGGCGCAAACCAUUGGUGCUGCCAGAACUAUCCGCACCGAGCUGGCUGUCCCAUUCCACACUCUUGAGAUCAGCAAAGACGAGCCCAACUUCAACGAUCUCGUCCUCAAGGUGUUCGGUAAAAUUCGCCAGGAAGAGGACGACGAUAAUCUGGUUUCCGACAAGGAAUUUGUCGUCGACAAUGGAACGAUCUGCAUCGGCAGGUACCAUCCGUUCUCGCUGGAGCAGGAACUGUCACAGCGGAGCAUCGCCGGCCAGGAGACCAUUCAGUCUUUGCAGAUCGGCAAGAUUGGUAGCAUCGAGUCUCUGUACUGGGCAGAGCAAGCUUUGCCUCAGACCAUCCCUGCCGACACCAUCGAAGUCGAGCCCAAGUCCAUCGGUCUCAACUUGAAGGACGUUCUCACAGCCAUGGGUGUUAUCAACCCUGUUGGCAGUGUCCAGAUGGAGCUCGGCAUUGAACUCGGCGGAAUCGUCACCCGCGUCGGCUCAGACGUCGACGAAUUCAAGGUCGGCGAUCGCGUCUUCGCCUUCGCUCCUGAGGGGUGUCUGGCCACUAAGGCCGUUCUCCAACGCUACCAUGCCGCCAAGCUUCCCGACAACCUCAGCUUCCAAGACGCGGCAGGGGUCCCGGUUGUGUUUGCGACCGUGAUCCAUGGCCUCAUCAACAUCGGCCACCUCCAAAAAGACCAAUCGGUCCUGAUUCAUGCUGGCUGUGGUGGUGUCGGCCUGUCAGCCAUCCAGAUCUGCCGCAUGAUCGGAGCGGAGAUCUUCGUCACCGUUGGAAGCCCCGACAAGGUCGACUACCUCAUGAACACCUAUGGCAUUCCGCGCAACCGCAUCUUCCACUCCCGUGACGAGUCCUUCUUGGACGGCGUCAUGAGAGAGACUGGCAGUCGUGGCGUCGACCUCGUGCUCAACUCUUUGACCGGGCCACUACUACAUGCAUCAUGGAAGUGCGUCGCAGAGUUUGGCGUCAUGGUUGAGAUUGGAAAGCGUGACCUCCUGGGUUAUGGCAAGCUGGAUCUCAACCCCUUCAUUGGCAGCCGACAGUACGUUGGCUUUGACGGCGUUCAGUUUGCCAGAAAGAGACCUAGGUACUUCCGUCAGUUGUUGGAACAGUUCCUCGGGUAUUGGGAGCAAGGACACAUCCGUCCCAUCCCGGAGCAGACUCACUUCCAUGCGAGUGACAUUGUGAAUGCAUUCCGUCACUUGCAACAUGGCAGCCACAUUGGCAAGGUCAUCGUCUCGAUGGAAGAUCUCUCUGCUCAGACUGACGCCAAGCCGCUUGCUAAGUCGAUCAAGUUCGACCCGGAAGCCACUUAUCUCUUGACAGGAGGUCUCGGAGGCCUGGGCAAGUCCAUGUCAACAUGGUUGGUUGAGCACGGUGCCCGCCACUUAACGAUCAUCUCUCGGAGUGCAGGUGUCAGCGAUGAGAGCAAGGCCGCGAUCAAGGAGAUUGAGUCUCUCGGUGCCAAGGUUGUAGCGGUCGCUGGUGGAGUUGAGAACAUGGAUGAUGUCAAGGCGGCUGUCAGCGCCUCAUCUAAGCCUAUCAAGGGUGUGUUCCAUCUGGCAAUGAUCCUGAGAGACAGCCCAAUGGUUGACAUGACUUGGGAACAGUGGGACCAAGUAGCCAAGCCGAAGGUUACCGGCGCGUGGAAUCUCCAUCAUGCGCUGGAGAACCAGCCCUUGGAUUUCUUCUGGCUCGCCAGUUCAGUCGUCACCGUCGUCGACCAGCCGGGUCAAGGCAACUACAGCGCUGCCAGCACAUACCUCGAGGCUUUCACCCAGUACCGCCUCGGCCUUGGCCUUCCAACUGCGAUUCUCAACAUCUGCCCCAUCAAGGGCGUGGGCUUCGUCGCCGAGAGUGCCGUGGCCCAGCGGAACACCAAAGCCCAGGGCAUCUACUUCCUCGGCGAGAAGGAGUACCUCGACUACGUGGAACACUCCAUCCUCGCCGCCAAGGGAAACCUGUCUGCCUACGAGGAAACACCAUCGAGUCGCCCGCCGAAGGCGUGGAAGAACGAGAGUCAAGUUGUGAUGGGUCUCCGAUCCGAGCUUCACCUGGAGGAUCCCAACAACCGCUGCAACUGGCGACGCGACCGCCGCAUGGGUGCCUAUCACAACAUCCGCAACAAGCAGGCCGACGAGUCGGGCGGUGAUUCCAGUGCUCUGAAGACGUUCUUGAACCAAGCGUCAGAGAACCCGGAUCUCCUUUCGGACAAGGCCAACAUCGAGUUCCUGGCCCAGGAAAUUGGUGCAAAGGUGUAUGACUUCAUGCUCAAGCCUGGCGAAGAUGUCAACACCAGCUUGAGUUUGGCGCAGAUUGGUCUUGACUCGCUAAUGGCGACUGAGCUGAGGAGAUGGUUCAGGCAACUGCUGGGUUUGCAGGUGAGCGUACUCGAGAUCAUGGCUUCAGGAUCCCUGUUCCAAUUAGCGGAAACGGCUUCAACGGCAUUGAAGAACAAGGCAUCGGGCUCAUCAUGA